UGAAUGUCUAUCGCUUGAUGAAUUCAAACACACCGUCUCUAGGAACGCCCGAUGACCACGAAGCGGUCGCGUUCGCGGUCUUCAGUGGGACACCCACAGACGGUUAAAAGGACGGCAUUCGGAUGCAGAGCGGCCACGGUCCAGGCGGCCUUCGCUGGCGCCCCAGCUGUGAGGCAAUCCGCGACAUACACGAACCCGAUCAUUGACGGCAACCAUGCAGACCCGUGGAUCACCUACUUCAACGACUCGUACUACUUCAUCACAUCCGAGGGCACCGAAAACGUCUCAAUCUACAAGUCCAACACCCUCGAUGACUUCCACAACUCGGAGGCUGUUGUCGUGUGGACUUUCGGUAACCCAGACCUGGGCGAUGUGUGGGCGCCUGAGCUGCACAGAAUCGACGAUCAGUGGUACAUCUACUGCGCCCUGCCUGACGGACCGGACGACGCGGACCGUCGGAUGCACGUCCUGAAGGGCAGUGACCCCAACGAUCCCCUCCAGCCAUUCGAGGAGAUUGGCAAGAUCGGCACGCCGGACGAAAACUACGCGAUUGAUGGCACUGUCCUCCAGAACUACAACGGCAAGAACUACUUCAUCUGGUCUGGGAAGGAGAGUCCUGAGACGGGUACUGUGCAGUACAUCUACAUCGCUGAGAUGGACUCGCCCUCGAGCGUCAUCGGCGAGCGUGUUACGAUUCACUCCCCCUACAACCUAGACGGCUCGAAGAAGGAGUGGCAGUGGGCCUCUAACGGCUACGGCGUCAACGAGGGCCCGGAGGUUCUGCAGCGCGGUGACAACACCUACGUCGUGUUCUCUACCUGCGGCUCGUGGGACCCGUGCUACAACCUCGCAAUCAUGGGGUUGAACGGCACCGACCUCGACCCGCUCAACCCCGACUCGUGGUGGGCGAACGACGAGGCGCCCGUUAUGCAGUCGAGCGACGUGACCGUCGGCGUUGGGCACGCGAUGUUCCUUCCUGACCGGGCUGGCGACAACUUCAUCGUCUACCACGGCUGGGGCGCGAACGACAGUGCUGGCUGGGGCUCUCGCACGGCACGUGCAGAGCGCUUCACCUUCGCCGAGGACAACUCGCCCAUCUUCCCGGUGCCAGUUGGCACCGGCGUUGAGCUGCCCGCUGCUGCGUAAAGCGAUACUGGUGCAUGCGGACUGCGUGGUACCAUGGUAUCAACUGAAUGCUGCACGAAUGGUACCUUGAGGGACACUACCGCAUCUGUAGCUUACGCCUCUCUUUCGAAUGUAAUGCGACUCGCGCUGUUUCAACCAGACCACUCACACUCGCCAGGCCGGGAUGCUCGUUGAUUGCACUGGUGGUCUUUUGGAUGAGGCGGGCGUCGAGAGCCAGUCACCGCGACGGGACAAGGGGAACGGGUCCUGACCUUGGCGUUCAUGAUUGUGGAG